AUGGUCUACGCCCAUCAUUCUUUUGACGUUUCUUCUACAUGCACUUUGAAUCAGCAAUCAGCCACUAAAACCCAUCUCCAUCCAUCUCUGAUCGCAGGGUUGUGGCUCACGGCAGGUCCCAGAGGAGUUGCCAAACCUGGAGCGGCUGAGCGAAGCGAAAGCUACGCGGCGGAUUUGGCGCAUGCGCUUGGUGUGAAAUCUGGAGCCGCCUUCACGGCCAUCUAUGAGAAGGUGCCGGAGGAUGCGAAGCUGGUGGCUUCGGUGAAUGCGGGAAACCCCAAGAAGCUGAAGGUUGGUGGUGGCACCAUCAACGGCCAGUUUGCGCAGGAGCUCUCGACACAGGGCAGGAGCUGCACCAAGUUGCUGGCCACGACCCGGAUGGCCAUGAAGGCUGGUAUUAAGUCAAGGGCCCAGCUGAGUCAGUGCGCCAUCGCUUUGCAAAUGUUAGGUUUGGAGGCCGCCUUCCUGUACCUUGGCUCCAGCGAUUCGGAGGCCCAGGAGGUGGCCAACGAUCCAGGCAGAGGCGGCCUGGUGAUCUUGGACAUCUUUGAAGAGCGAGACUCGCGUCCUUACCAUGCCAAAAAUGUGGCAAUGGUGUACACUGUUGGGCCUCAACGUGUGGAUGAAGCGGAUGAUGCUUCCUUUCUCUGGAAAGUGCGCUUGGUUGGCCGCAACGUUGUGAGGGCAUGCCAUGACUACAACUCCCAGCUGGGGCCCAGGCACCUGCAUGACCCCAGCGCGCGGGACGAGUUUUAUGGACAGCCCAUGAAUGUGGCGAAAUAUUUGGUGGAUCUCCAUGAUGCCAACGCACCUUUUGACUUCUGUGGUGGCAUGAUGUUCCAGUUGGUACUCUCCAACAAGUUGAGGGAACACUUGGCGUUGGUGGCACAGGGUGCUGGUGAGCAACCCAUGGUCUUCGACUCGUUCAAGCCCAGGAUGUUCAUGACUCCCGGCUACAGCCAAGACGCCCAUGCAGACAAUGUGAAGGUCUUCCAUGGCCGCGAAAUUCGACAGGUGCCAAACGCUGCUGGAGGCAUGGGCUUCGUGUUGCAACUCAGCAUGGCCGAGGGCGAUCCCGAGGGAUGGACGGCUGAGGAGAUCAAGGAAUACGACGGCUGGGGCCACGACAGUGGCCGAAACUGGAGGAACGCAGAUCGAUGGGAGAAGGAGGGCUUCCAAGGUGUGAAGGCCAAGUUUGGGGAAAGGGCCUUUGGAUUGCACCAUCGGUUCUACCUCCACUUCGAUUUCAUGAAUCGGAUGUGGCUGUCAGCGGAGGACCAGGUGGCUCGGCAGCUGGUGCUGGGGGUGCUGGAUUCCCAGCUGGCGGAGGCCUGCGAUGCGGCCAUGCUGCCUGAGGUGCAGUUCGCCUAUGACGGUGACGUCUUUCGAGCCUUGGCAGGUCAAGUCUGGGAGGCCUUGGGUGGUCUGCAAGAAGCUGCAGAUGGCAAGAUGAAGAGGCAUGUGAGCAGGAGAAAACAUCUGUUGCUUGAAGCUGAAAAGCAGCGCUUGGGGUACCAUGCCUCCGAGUUCAUGUCAGUCGACCCGAUUUUGCCCGAAGCAGAGGCCUUUUCCUACGUGCUUCAACAUGUGAGCGCAAGUUUCCUUGCCCGCCCUUGGUUCCACCGCGCAGUAAUGAUCUUUGCACAGGAGGAUAUCCUUAAUCAGAAGCCUCUUGCUUGGUUCCCGGGCAUGGCUGGCACGGAGAACAAGGAAUCCAACGUGGAGUGCACAGAGAAGGGCAAGUCCGUGUGGGACCGUUAUGAAAGCCAAGCCAGCACAGCAGUUCCCGGCGAAGAAACCUACCAGCGCUUGAUCAGCAAUGACAGCAAGAUGGAAGACGACAAGAUCCACGAAGAGGAGACUCUCUCGGACACGGCCAAGGCUGUUAUGCACCAGGAGGAGUACGACGAUGAGAGCUCGAUGUUAGAACGUGGAUUUGGCUUUGGCCUCCCUUCCAAGCUCAAUGGGGGCGUUGCCAUUGCAGUCGCUCUGUUGGCCAUGCUCUGUGCUUUGAAUUCCUCGACCAAAUCCUUCUGUUUCCAAGGGAUUUGGCUGAUCCUCAUGGUUGGCAGUCUGUUGGUCCUUGGAUGUGGAAGCCAGGACGAGGGAGCCACCAGGGCAGAAGCCUCAUCCUAUACCUGCGAAAACGAAUGA